UGAUGCAAUUGCGCCGCGCAGCGCAGUGUUACCCACGUCUAUUAUUUACUCGUAUCGUUUCAUUCCUAUAUUUCCCAUGGUCUUCGAUUUUCAUUUCUAAUACACGCGUUUUAGUUCCUUUGUUGCAAAACAGAUCGUUGAUGUUGGGUUUCUGUCUAAUAAAGAUAGACAGAUACGUUAAGAUAGAAAACAUGGCACCAAAAGCAGCAGCUCCACUUCCCCGGUACGAAGAAGAAAUUGGGAUCUACGCAAUAUUAUUAGGGCCACCAGGAUCCGGUAAAGGAACACAAGCUCCAAAAUUGAAGGAAAAAUUUUGCGUGUGUCACUUAUCAACUGGUGAUAUGCUCCGUGCAGAAAUAUCUUCCGGAUCUAUAUUGGGAAAAGAGUUAAAAAAGGUAAUGGAUGAAGGCAAACUAGUUUCCGACGAGCUAGUUGUAGACAUGAUUGAUAGUAAUUUGGACAAACCAGAAUGUCGAAAUGGAUUCCUUCUAGAUGGAUUUCCCCGUACCGUUGUCCAGGCGCAAAAGCUGGAUGAUUUACUUGCCAAACGAAAAACUAAUCUUGAUGCUGUUAUUGAAUUUGCUAUAGAUGACAGCUUACUUGUCCGUAGAAUAACGGGCCGCUUAAUUCACCCCGCAAGUGGCCGCUCUUAUCAUGAAGAAUUUGCUCCACCGAAAAAUCGAAUGCGCGAUGACGAAACUGGUGAACCUCUUGUUCGUCGGAGUGAUGAUAACGCAGCAGCUUUAAACAAACGACUAGAAGCGUACCACAAACAAACCAAACCUUUGGUUGACUACUAUGCUGUAAGAGGGCUGCAUUUUAAAAUUGAUGCAGCACAAACGGCGCACAAUGUAUUUACACAUAUUGAUAACAUUUUCCUUAAACAACGUAAAUCUCGAGACAUAUUAUGAAACCGAAAAAAUCACUUUGCAAAACUCUCGGAAUUAAAAUAACCGUUUUUAUGACACAUUUUA